AUGGUAUCGUGUACAAUAAAUACAGCGUCCAGGAAUACAAUAUUCAAUACUUUAAUUUUCGAUUGCUCUGUAAGCAAUUGUUCAAAAAGUGUUUGUCCUACUUGUCCUGGGGAUACAAAUUCCAGCACUGUAGAUAUAAAGUCCAGCGCUGAAGAUACAAAUUCCAGCAGUGUAGAUGUAAAGUCCAGCGCUGAAGAUACAAAUUCCAGCACUGUAGAUGUUAAGUCCAGAGCUGAAGAUGCAAAUUCCAGCACUGUAGAUAUAAAGUCCAGCGCUGAAGAUACAAAUUCAAGCGCUGUAGAUGUAAAGUCCAGCGCUGAAGAUACAAAUUACAGCACUGUAGAUAUAAAGUCCAGCGCUGAAGAUACAAAUUCCAGCACUGUAGAUGUAAAGUCCAGAGCUGAAGAUACAAAUUCCAGCACUGUAGAUAUAAAGUCCAGCGCUGAAGAUACAAAUUCCAGCACUGUAGAUGUAAAGUCCAGAGCUGAAGAUACAAAUUCCAGCACUGUAGAUAUAAAGUCCAGCGCUGAAGAUACAAAUUCCAGCACUGUAGAUGUAAAGUCCAGAGCUGAAGAUACAAAUUCCAGCACUGUAGAUAUAAAGUCCAGCGCUGAAGAUGCAAAUUCUAGCACUGUAGAUGUAAAGUCCAGCGCUGGAGAUACAAAUUCCAGCACUGUAGCUGUAAAGUCCAGCGCUGAAGAUACAAAUUCCAGCACUGUAGAUGUAAAGUCCAGAGCUGGAGAUUUAUAUCUACAACACUGGAAUUUGCAUCUUCAACGCUGA